AUGUCAUUUCUGUAUCUCGACUUUAAAAGUUGUCGAGCUAAGGACCGUGGGGGGUUAGGCUCAAGCAGCGGUGAGAAGAUCAUGGGCGAAACAGAUAGAAAUAUCGACCGUUCCAGCACGGUCGUCGGCCGAGCUUCUGUUCCCGUAGGCUCAAAUCAAACGAAAGGAAUGCGAGAUCGUGCGUCAUGUGCUCUACGUUUCAAUCUGGGCAUGGCAGCAUCUCCCUCGCCAUUGGCUGGCUUGUAUGUCUCGAUUUCUAGAAUAUCCGCCCGUAGCGCAAAGAGUCGAAAGAGGUCGAGGUUGCAAACUCGCCGAUCCAAUUACACGGCGAAGGAGCGCCAUCUAAUUGAUGAGGCACAUGGGAGGGACGCAGCCGCUUGCCAUUCGUUGGGUGGAGGAUAUCUACCACACACCCUAGAUCCUCUGCCCACUAGCAUCUAG